GGGCAAAAUUCCUACCCAUCGGUACAUUUUAGCCAGCUAGAGCCAAGCCAGAGCCCAGUUGGCUAUUAGCCGGGGGGAGACUUUCGAUUCCCAAUUCGCAAAUUUUUCUCACGCCAUAAGCAAGCGAUCUCCAGGCGGGCAAAACACAGUGCGAUAGAGCAAUGCAGCAACCUCAGUCGGUAGCGACGGCAACGGCGGCGGCGACUCAGAACCCCACUUCUCAGCCUUCUUCUGGCAGUUCCGCCACCACUGCAGAGGCGCCACCCAAGCAGGUGGCGUUGGCAAUGGACCGACUAGCUCACGCCGCUCGCCUCAUCGCCGACAUCAGACUCGGCGCCGACCGGCUUCUCGAAGCCCUGUUCGUUGUCUCGCAGCCUCACCAGAGCAACAAGCCCUUGCAACUCUUCUCCAACGAAGAUGCUUCAAUGCGUCAACACCUCCAAGACCUCCGCGCCGUUGGAAGGCAGCUGGAAGAAUCAGGGGUUCUAAGCGAAUCUCUAAAGUCGCGAAGUAAUUCAUGGGGCUUGCACAUGCCGUUGGUUUGCCCAGAUGGUGCUGUAGUUGCAUAUGCUUGGAAACGUCAACUUGCUGGUCAAGCAGGUGCUUCUGCCGUCGACAGGACCAGGUUAGCUCUCAAGGCAUUUACUGAUCAGAAAAGGCGAUUUUUUCCUCACCUCGAUGAUGUCUCAAAUGAUCAGAAUGCUGAAUCAAAUGCGAAGAGACAUUGUGGUCCACAAGUAGUAUCAUCAAGUCAUCAAGAAGAGCUUAGUGAUUGUAAAACACUAUCAGAGGUUCUAGUGCGAUUGAAAAAAGAAGUGCCAAAUUUGAAAAUUUUCACCUACCAACGAUUGGAUUGGUUAAAGAGAGCUAGUUCACUGCCCUCAUCAGCAAAUGAGAGCGAAUCAGUGAAAGAACAUAAUUUUCACAGUUCAAAUAGAUUAAAACCAGGUUCUAUGGGUGAUGUUUCUGUAGAUAAGGUUGCUGUAAUUGAGUUGCUAUUUCCUUCUGUCUUCAGAGCUAUAGUUUCGUUACAUCCAGCUGGCUCCAUUGACCCAGAUGCAGUAGCUUUCUUUUCUCCUGAUGAGGGAGGCAGCUAUAUACAUUCCAGAGGUGUAUCGGUUUAUCAUGUAUUUAGACAUAUCACGGAUCAUGCUGCCAUGUCGUUGCAGUUUUUUCUUGGAGUUGAAGCAGAAACAGCUCUAUAUUCUCUUUUGCACUGGAUCUGCAGCUAUCAGAAUCUGUUCACAAAAGAUUGCAGCAAGUGCGGACGACUAUUAUCUAUGGAUCGACAGGCAGCUUUACUGCUGCCUCCAGUUUAUCGUCCAUACAGGCAGUUCUUCACUUUGAAAAAUGCAUCAACCCAACCCAUUUCCUCAGGGCAGGACCAGAAUUUGAAUAUUGGCCGGGCCUAUCAUGUUGGUUGCUUUUCAGAUGAUGCAUAACCACAUGUAUUGAUAGUUAACCAAGGUCUUGUAACUGGGUAGAAAUGUCAAAAUUUGAAAAUAUUAAAAAAAAAAAAAGAAGAAGUUAUUUUUAUAGAGAGCCACCAAAGUGUUCUUUUGUUUGUAUAACUAAGAUAAAAAGAAAGAUUAACCAUGUCUAAAAUUAUCGGCUUCUAGAUUUAAAAUUUGUACAUUAAUUAUGAAGGUUUUAACCUUAUAAUUUAUUCUAAGACCUCUUACUCCUGUUCGUUUC